AAGGCUGUUUUCGCUGCCACAAAAAAAUAGUGGCAUAUAUAAGAAGCACAUGGCUAUGUAAGCAAAGCAGUCACCACAGAGAGAGAGGUUUUGAUGCAACGCUGUCACUGAGAAAGGAUCUCUAUCUACGAAGGAGCGGAAUAAAACCCUUCUCUCUGUGAUUAAGAGAAUGGCUUCAGAUCGGAAACUUCACACUUUUGAGGAGGUGGCAAAGCACAACCAGACCAAGGAUUGCUGGCUCAUCAUUUCUGGCAAGGUGUAUGAUGUCACCCCUUUCAUGGAGGAUCAUCCCGGAGGUGAUGAGGUUUUGUUAUCUGCAACAGGGAAAGAUGCAACCAAUGACUUUGAAGAUGUGGGGCACAGUGAUUCUGCUAGAGAUAUGAUGGAAAAAUACUACAUUGGUGAGAUUGAUGCAUCAACCGUCCCACUAAAACGGACCUACAUUCCACCUCAGCAAGCUCAGUACAAUCCUGAUAAGACUCCAGAAUUUGUGAUCAAGAUUUUGCAGUUCCUGGUCCCUCUCCUGAUCUUGGGCUUGGCCUUUGUUGUGCGACACUACACCAAGAAAGAGUAGAGUUGUUCCUUCUUUAUCACAUUGGACAAUGGUGAAGGGUCUGUUAGCUAUUUUAUAGUGUCAUUUAAAGGACAGUGUUUAGUUUCUUUCUGGGGUCUGAGAAUUGAAUCUGGAUUUAGACCAUAUAGUUCAGUAAGCCAAUGUUUUCCAACUUUCUUUGGCAAUGGUAUUAGUGUUAUUGUGACCGGAGAACCUAAUGUUGGACGAUUAGUUUUGUUUGGUUUCGUUUUAUUCUGGGUCUUUGCUGCUUCUUUAA